AGAGUGCAUCUUCAACUUGCCAUGUUGACCUUCAAUAACACUACAUCCUCCUCUUCCAGCUUUUUUCUUACUGCCUUUCCUGGAUUGGAACUUGCUCAUGUCUGGAUCUCCAUUCCUGUUUGUGGUCUCUACACCAUUGCACUCUUGGGAAACAGUAUUAUCUUAUUUGCUAUUAUCAUUGAACGGAAUCUCCACAAGCCCAUGUACUAUUUUCUAUCCAUGCUCUCUGUUGUUGAUCUAGGUCUGACCAUCACAACUCUUCCUACUGUCCUUGGCGUUCUUUGGUUUCACGCCCGGGAGAUCAGCAUUAAAGCUUGCCAAAUUCAAAUGUUCUUUGUGCAUAGCUUCUCAUUCCUGGAGUCUUCAGUGUUGGUAGCUAUGGCCUUUGACCGAUACAUAGCCAUUUGUAGCCCUCUGAAGUAUGCUACUUUCCUCACAGACACGAUGAGUUUUGUGAUUGGACUGAUCAUCUGUAUAAGACAAAUGGUUUUCAUGUUUCCAUCAAUUAUGGCAGUGAACAGUGUGUCCUUCCAGGGAGGCCAAGAACUUUCCCAUCCAUUUUGUUUCCAUCCAGACAUGAUCAAAUUCACAUACACCAACCCCUGGAUUAGCAGUUUUUGGGGAAUGUUUCUUCAGCUCUACCUGAAUGGCACUGACUUAUUGUUCAUUCUUUUCUCCUACAUCUUGAUCCUUCGCACUGUUCUGAGCAUUGUGGCACCCCAAAAGCAACAAAAAGCUCUCAGCACAUGUGUCUGCCACAUCUGUGCUGUGACUAUUUUCUAUGUGCCAAUGAUCACACUGUCUUUAGCACAUCGUCUCUCCAGUUCUACCCCUAGGGUGAUCUGUAGUAUUUUGGCCAAUAUGUAUCUUCUCUUGCCUCCUGUGCUGAAUCCAAUCAUUUACAGUUUGAAGACUAAAGUUAUUCGCCGGACCAUAUAUCAGCUGCUCCAAUUCAAGGGUUCAAGGAACUACAGUAUAAGGAGCCUCAGAGAAAGGUGGGAUAGGAGAAAACAAUUUUCUAGUACAUGA